AAAAGAGAGAGAAAAGACAGUCAAGAGGAGCUUUGGACGCUUAAUAUAGAUAUUUAAAACACAUAUUAUUGUUGGAAACUACGAGAAGAUACUUCGUAAAGAUAUAAGAGACAACUUAAUAUCGUCAUUCGAGUGGUUUAAGCAGAGUUGAUAUCACUCUGCAAACAUGACUUCAACCAACCAAGGUGGAUUAAAACGAGAUGAAAAGGGCAGAAACAUCCAAGUUGUUGUCAGAUGCAGACCUUUCAACACGACGGAGCGUAAGUCGUCUCAUGGCGUCAUCGACUGCGACUCCAACAGGAAGGAGGUUGGGGUGAGGACGGGAGGCAUGAACGACAAGGCGUCCAGAAAGACCUACACCUUCGAUAUGGUUUUCGGUCCGGCUGCAAAGCAGAUCGAGGUCUACCGAAGCGUCGUCUGUCCGAUCCUGAACGAGGUCAUCAUGGGAUACAACUGCACCGUGUUUGCCUACGGUCAGACAGGAACAGGAAAGACGUUCACCAUGGAGGGAGAGAGGAGUCCCAACGAGCAGUUUACCUGGGAGGAGGACCCUCUGGCCGGUAUCAUCCCCCGAACUCUGCACCAGAUCUUUGAGAAGCUGUCUGAGAACGGCACCGAGUUCUCCGUUAAAGUUUCUCUGCUGGAGAUUUACAACGAGGAACUGUUCGACCUGCUGAGUCCCUCCGAGGACGUCACCGAGAGGCUGCAGCUGUUCGACGACCCCCGAAAUAAGAGAGGAGUGGUGGUUAAAGGUCUGGAGGAAGUGACGGUUCACAACAAAGAUGAAGUUUAUCAGAUUCUGGAGAGAGGAUCAGCCAAGAGGAGGACGGCCUCCACGCUGAUGAACGCUUACUCCAGUCGCUCCCACUCGGUGUUCUCGGUGACGAUCCACAUGAAGGAAAUCACUCUGGACGGAGAGGAGCUGGUGAAGAUCGGCAAACUCAACCUGGUGGAUCUGGCCGGCAGUGAGAACAUCGGCCGGUCGGGUGCGGUGGACAAACGAGCUCGCGAGGCCGGAAACAUCAACCAGUCUCUGCUGACGCUGGGACGAGUCAUCACUGCUCUGGUGGAGAAGAGACCUCACAUCCCAUACAGAGAGUCUAAACUGACCAGAAUCCUUCAGGACUCGUUGGGAGGACGAACAAAAACCUCCAUCAUCGCUACCGUGUCUCCUUCAUCCAGCAACCUGGAGGAGACUCUGAGCACGCUGGAAUACGCCAGCCGAGCCAAAAACAUCAUGAACAAACCGGAAGUCAACCAGAAACUCACCAAGAGGACGCUCAUCAAGGAAUACACGGAGGAGAUCGAGCGUCUGAAGAAAGAUCUCGCUGCUGCUCGAGACAAGAACGGAGUUUAUCUGUCUGUGGAGAACUACGAGAGCAUGAUGAGUCAGAUAAACUCAGGUGAGGAUCAGGUGACUGAAUACACCGACCGGAUCGCAGCGAUGGAGGAAGAACUCAAGAAGGUCUCUGAGCUGUUCAUGGACAGUAAAACCAAACUGGAUCAGUGCACAGUGGAUCUGGAUGAGAAGCAGCAGAGGCUGGAGGAGACGAGCAGAGAUCUGCAGCACACGAAGGUGAAGCUGAGUCAGGAAGAGACAGUGAGCUCAGAGCUGAAUGCUGCUCAGGAGAGUCUGUUUCACACCGCUACACAGCUGCUGAGCACCGUGGACGCCAGCGUCAGCGACGUGUCGGGUCUCCACAGCAAACUGGACAGGAAGAAGAAGGUGGAGCAGCACAACCAGCAGAUCCAGGAGAGUUUCUCAGAGCGGAUCGACGGAGCGUUCAGCAGCAUGCAGCGCUGCGUCGAGCUGCAGGGAAGCAAACAGAACGACAUGCUGAGCAGCUACACGACGGCCGUCGACGGUCUGCUGGAGCAGAGCGAGGCGGCUCUGAGAGCAGCUCUGAGUGGAGCGGAGCGGUUCGCUGGAGGAGUCGGGCGGAUGGUUGGAGAAGGAGUCGCUCGCUGUCAGGAGAAGGUGAAGCAGCAGACCACGCUGAGUCAGCAGAGUAAAGACACCAUGCUGCAGCUGCUGGAGGAGCACCAGCAGGACAUGGAGGAGGUCUUGGUAGUUCGGACUCUGAUGGGUUUGUCGUCUGUUAAAGAACUCAGCGACUCUCUGAGGGUUUCCAUGGAGACGCAGCGAUCGCUGGCCGACCAGGUGGAGGCGAUGAAGGAGAUGGGGUCGUUUUUCGGAGGCCUGGUUCAGGACCUGGCGGCGCUGCGUGAGGAGACGGUGAAAGGUCUGACCUCUCUGCAGGAGCAACAGGAAGAGCUGGAGGACAAGAUCCGACGAGCUCAGGAGAAACAUCAGACGGGUAUGAAGCAGACCAUCCAGUGCCUGCAGGACCAGCUCAACCUGAUCACCAUGGAGACGCAGCAGGAUUACACUGACCUGCGCUCUGCCUCCAAAGAUCUGAAGAAACCUCUGCAGAAGCUCCAGGAGAACGUCAGCAGCGGCUGCAGUACAGUAGAGCGUCAGGCCUCGGCUCAGGUGGAGCUCCUCUCCUCCACUUCUUCUUCUCUGGCUUCUUCUCUGCGUCUCAGCGCUGAUGAGAGCCAGCAGACUCUGGAGGAGAUGAAAGGCUGCUGCUCUCACCUCCACAGCUCUGUGUCAGCUCUUGUGGAUCGUAACCUCCAGUGGAGCUCCAGAGUGGCUCAGCAUGCUGAGAGUCGAGCCCAGGAACAGAUCAGUCUGCUGGGGGAGAUUUCCUCUGAAGCUGCCAACAUGAAACAGAGCGUGGAGACACUGUGCUCUGAGCAGCUCCUAGCGGCCGAGGAGGAAGUGUCCGACCGGCGGCAGGAAGUGAGUCAGGCGGUGACGGCGGUGCAGAACCAGACCUCGGUGAACCGGACCGUCCUGGAGCAGCAGCAGGCGGAGCUGCAGGCUCACUUUCACACCGCUCAGCAGCUGGUGCACGGCUUCCUGCAGGAGGAGCUGCAAGAGGACGUUCCCACAGGUACCACUCCUCAGCGUCGGGACUUUGUGUAUCCCGAGAAGGUGUCGAAGUCGCGGAGCCGCAGCGAGCUGCUGGAGGGCCUGAGGAGGAAACAGGAGGAGCUGCUGGCCGCCAUGGAGGAAGAGGAAGUGGAAGAGGAAGAGGAGGAGGAAGACAAACACAGCCAGUGCUCUCUGGAGGAGGAGCUGAGCGCCUGUAAUGAAAGCGUGGCCACAGAGCCGUCCUUCAUCGAUGAGAACCUCGUCUUCAACGAGAGCAAACGGGUUCCUUUCUUCAAGCAGAAGAAAGGAGGAAAGGAGUCAAAGAUUCCCAGCAGGCCGAAGGUUCAUGAAAACGAAGCGUCGACGCCUCAGAAGUCCAGACUGCCGCUCCGCUGUCAGAACUAACCCUUUUAUU